AGAGACACUGUAUCCCCCGUUAUUGGUACUGCAUUGGUCCUUUAUUGGUCGCUUAUUUCAAUGAGAGAAAAAGGCGGAAACAGUCAGAAAAGGGAUUUUUGAAUUUGGUUUAGCAACGUCAUCUCGAGUGCAACAUGGCCCAAUCAACAUCACAGAAACACAGAGACUUUGUAUCAGAGCCCAUGGGAGAAAAGGAAGUGACAGACAUGGCUGGAAUAGGACCUGUUCUUGGUGGAAGACUUUGUGAUAAAGGCUUUGAUAAGGCCUACGUUGUCCUAGGACAGUUCUUGGUGCUAAAGAAAGAUGAAGAAAUGUUCAUGCAAUGGCUGAAGGAAGAAGCAGGAGCAAACAAGAAACAGGGUGGAGAUUGCUAUAAAUGUUUAAAGAGUUGGUGUGACAACUACUUGUGAUCAAAUCACCAAAUGAUGAUCAGGGUAAACGUGUUGGACAGACACAGAAAUGUAAAUGAAUAUAGCAUGGGGAAAACAAAUUGAACAGCUCUGAAUUCUUGGCCAUCUACCAUUUUAGAGUAUUAUCACACUGUGUUUUUGGCAUGCACAGUAUAUCGAAGUAUCCAUACUCUUUAUUGGGUACCGUAUUUCGGUUCUGAUCAUGAUUAAGUUAGAAUGUUGCACCAUUUUAUAUAUUUUUGGUCACAAAAGGUUUUUUUAAUUUGGAACACUAAUCACUGUAUAAAUCAUCUUAUUAGCGCCGUUUGCUGUAAGUGAAUAUGGUAAACUAACAAAUAUCAAGGUCAUUAAAAAUGCAGAUUAUGACAACAACUCAAGUCUAAAGGUUAAACUUAUGAGGGAAUAUUGAGAGCAUAUCCCUUGGACUUGCUCUCAUAUUAACAAUUUUAUAGUUGGAUUUAGCCUAUAAGAAUGUCUCCAGAAAAUCAAAAACAUUAUGGGUUGUGCUAGAAGCUCAUGUUUGUUCUUAUCGGCCUUUGUAAUCAUCCCCUCCUCAUAUUCUUCCAUAGUGCAAUUUUAUCAUGAAGUACAUGUAUGUGGGCUAUUUUAUCGCUUUUGAAUUGUUCUGCAAUUUGGCUCGUGUCGCAAAUUGGAGAAUAUUCUGCUGCCAUGUUUAGCAAAUGGAAAAGGUGUCUUUUGUAUAUAUGCAAAUUGUACCAAGCAGAUUUUAUUUGUCUGAUUAUUCCUCUUGCUAUAAAAAGAUCCUUUUGGUUUGUCAUAUUUGAUUCGCUUUUUUCCUCUUUAUUGCCAUCUCCUAUGAAUAGAAUCGUGUUUAUAAAAUGAUGUACAUUCAUUUCAUUUUGUGGGAGUGUUGCUUUUCAUUAUCUAUUCAUAUCAUGUUUUUUGUUUCUUCUGUUUGCAUUAAUGACUGAAUUUUAAUAAAGAUAUGUCCCUACCCUUGAAGUUUAAACUUGAUAAAUAGUCUCCAUUUUAGAGCAUGUAUUUUGAACCAUAUUGAUUUCUUCACCAUGUGUAGCAGGGGUGUUUGCCAGAAUUUAAAAUUACCACUUUCCUGGAAAAGUUCUCAAUACAUUAGACUGCACCAUUAGUAGAUAUAAUACAUUUUUUGUUUUAAAUGGCUACUACUCGUUAGCAACAUUGCACAAGUUUUGUUAUUGAUAUAUAAAGAAGAAAAUAGUAAUGUAAUCAAGCACACCCCUUUAUUUUGAUUGUACCUAUCUUGUAUUAUUGCUUGCAAACCUCCAUAUUUUCACAUGAAUAACAUAAUGUGACAAAUUCGUGUUGACUAUUGAUAAUGUUUGAAUCUCCCCAGGUCAUGAUUUACGUAAUAAAUGUACAUGUUUGUAAUUAAGUGUGGUAAAAGGGCGGCACAACCACCCCCACUCUUCUUUACCGUCAUUCUAGGACCCUGUCUUCAGUUUUAAUCAAAAUUAAGGACUUUAUUGAUUGGACUUAUGUUGUCUUGUUUAUCCAAUCAAAUAAUUUAAGAUGCCCUUGUUUGGUAGCUAAUAGAGAACAUACAAUAUAAAUAUCAUGAAGUAAUUAAAUAUCAUUUUUUGAUGGAUAGAAAAAGUAUGCACAUGUUUAUGCUUUAUUGUUACAUGUAUGUCAAUAGGAAUUAUCCAUUAUUGUGCACCAUAAUCUAAUCACUUCUAUUUGUAGAAAGGGAGUCUUGGUUGUGUCUUCCUCACUAUUUUAAACAUUGUAUGCUUAUACAUAAUUGCUUAAUAACAUGUUAAUUUUUUUAUAUGUAAAUUAA